AUGAUUGAGUCAGAGGCUAAAGAAUGUUUAGAUAUUAAAGAAGAGUAAUAGUUUAAUAUCUAAAAUAAAUGUUUAACCCAUCCUGGCAAAGAGUUUCUUUUGUUAAGAACUGAUGAUGAUGAAUAAGAUUAAUAAGUACUUAAAUGUAUUAAAUGCUUAGAUCAAUAGAAAUUUGGAAGCUCAAUUCUUCUUGAAGAAUUACUUGAAAGCAAGUAUGAAACCAUAUUUAAGGAUUGGCCAGUUUUUGAUGAUGAUUCGAUUUAUGAACAACUUAUGAAAUUAUCCUAAAAUCCAUCUCAGUUAAAAGAAAAUUAACUAAAAGUUUAAACAUUUUUCAAGGAUUUGAAAUCCUAAUUAAUAUUUCAAAUAGAAGAAAAAGAAGUUAAAAUUCUUGAUAACAUUGAAAAAAUCUAAAAUGUUUAUGAGCAGCCUUUGAAAGACUAUAAUGAAAUCUCUUAAAAGGAAAAGCUGAAAUAAAUUCUAAAGACUCAAUACAAUGACUAAGAAUAGUAAAACUAGGCAUUAAAAGACUUAGUAAAAGAAAGUAAGCUAAAUAGAGAAACAAACUACAAAAAACUUAAAGAUUCACUUGAUAAAUCUCUCAAAUGUGCUAUUGAUUUAAGUAAUCAUUAAAAAAUAAUGAACCUUAUUUUGACUUUGAUAGAGAGAUUUAAUGUUUUUGAGUUAAUUGAUAAUAACUAAAAUGGAGAAAACAAUGAUACUGAAAUUUAGUUAAAUAGAUUAAUUUCUAGCUAAAUACAAAUCAGCAAAUUAGAAGAUCUUCCACAAUGUCUACAUCAUAAAAUGAUAUAAAUCGAUUUUAACAACUGUUCAAUCGGAGAUGAUGGCUGCUUUGAAAUUGCUAAAAAUUUCAAAAGUUUUUAUGGUGUAACUCAUUUGGCUCUUAAUUUGAAAAACAAUUAGUUAGGAAGUGUAGGACUAAAAGCAAUAAUUGAUAGUCUUAAAAACUUUAAAGAUAUUAUUUCUCUUACUUUAAACUUCGAAGGAAAUUAAUUGAGUAUCCCAAAUCUUAAGAAUUUAACAGAGUCUCUAUCGGAUUAUAAAAAUUGUACUGACUUCAAUCUCAAUUUAAGUAAGAGUAAUAUUGAAUUUUUUGGAUCUGAGCACAUAUCAACAAUUUUAAAGAAUUUCAAAAAACUAUAAAACCUGCAUCUUGAUCUAAGUAACAAUAAAAUCUGUGAUAAAGCUUUGUCUUAUAUAGCUAGUGGGUUGUCUGAAUGUGAAUCAAUCAAAAUUUUAAAUUUAGAUUUAUCGAGCAACAUGUUUGGUUUAGAAGGAAUAGCAUAGGUUUCGGAAUGUUUGGAGGUCCUUAAAGAUCUAGUUAAUGUAGAAGUCAAAUUAAGACAAAAUUAAUUUAAUGAUGAUUAAGCCAAUACUAUUGCAAAAUCUAUUGAAAAGAAUCUUAACAUAAUUUAAUUGAGAUUGGAUUUAAGGUCUAAUUCAAUUUAUAGUGAAGGAGUUGCUUAUAUAGCGAAAGCUAUUGAAAAAUAUAAAAACUUAAUUGAUUUAAAUCUUGAUUUUUGCGAAAACAAUAUUGGCCUUGAUGGGGCAAUAGAAAUUGGGAAUGCUCUACAAAAAUAAAAAAAUAUUUCUAAGUUGGGUCUAUUUUUUAACUAAACUUAAAUUGGAAUGAAUGGAGUUAAAAAAAUUGUUGGUGAAAUUUAAGAUUAUAAACACAUAACUGAUUUAUCUCUUGAUUUUGGAAACAAUUCUAUUGGUGUUGAAGGUGCUUAUUGUAUAUCAAAUACUUUACAAGAAUAUAAGAAUUUAACCAAAUUGAGGUUAUAUUUAAAGAAAAACUAAAUUGGGGUAAAUGGAGUGAAUAGUCUUGCAAAUGCUAUUUAGGAUUAUCAGAAUUUAACUCAUUUGACUCUCUUUUUGAGGAAAAAUUAAAUUGGGAUAGAUGGGACUAAGAGCAUUUCUAAAGCUAUUGAAAAAUAUGAAAACAUUUAAGAAUUAUCUUUAGAUUUAAGUGAUAAUUAGAUCGGUGAUGAAGGAACUAUAAUAUUAUCUACUGCUUUAGCUAAAAAUUAAAAUAUCUCCUACUUAUUGAUUAACUUCUCGUAAAACUAAAUUACUUAAGAUGGAGCUAAUGCACUUGCGACUUCAUUAGAGAAUUUAUUAAAAAUUUCUAAAUUAAAGCUAAUAUUAAAUGGAAAUACUUUAGGAUGUUAAGGAUCUGUAAGCAUUUCUUAGGCAUUAGAAAAGCUUUAAAAUAUAUCUAAGUUAUAUUUAGAUUUAAGUGAAAAUUAGGUUUAUAUAGGCGGUGCAAUGGGCAUUGCUAAUGCCAUACAAAAUAAUAAACAAAUUAAAUCUUUGAGUCUCUCUUUUUAAUAAAACUUUAUCACUGGGGAUGAAGCAAAGAGUGUUAUAGAUAUUAUUUCUUCUUAUUAAAAAAUUAAAAUUUUAGAGCUUAACUUUAAUAAUAAUUAAAUUGGUUUAAGCUGUGUCUAAAGUAUUGCAAGUACUCUAAAUACUCAUAAUAGUAACUUCACUAAGUUAUCUCUUUAUUUAAAGGAAAGUUAAAUUGGUUAGGAGGGAGCUAAAAGUAUUGCAUAAGGUUUAAAAAGAUGUAAAUUUUUGAUUUAAUUGGCUCUCUAGUUAAGUAAAAAUAAUAUUGGACUUGAAGGAACAUAAGCAAUUGCUAAAGCUAUUAGUAAUUAUCAAAAUAUUACAUAACUGACUCUAUUAUUAGCAGAUAACUAAAUAAUUGGUCAAGGAGCUAAAUUUAUUGCUGAAGCUAUAGAAAAUUAUUAAAAUAUAAAAUAAUUAAACCUUGAUUUAAGCAUAAAUUAAAUAGAAAUUAGUGGAUUUACAAGUAUUUCACAUUCAAUACAAAAACUCCAAAAAAUCUAAAAAUUGUCACUUAACUUGAGCUCAAACCCUAUUGACAAAUAUGGAUGUAAUACUAUUUCAAAAAUAAUUAGAAGAUGCUAGAAUAUUAGCAAAUUAAAUCUCUCAUUAGGGUCUUGCUAGAUCAACGAUGCUAUUUUUGAUCCAAUUUUGAAUUGUUUAGAAAGUAAACAAAAUAUAAGCUCUUUAACUUUAAAUCUUCCGAUAAACUAAAUUAGCUUUGAUGGAGUGAAAAAAAUUUCUAAGUUACAAAAGAUUAAAUCAUUAACUCAAUUAAAAAUCGAUGUUACACAAAAUUCAAUUAAUUAGAGCUAAAGACCUUAAAUUAGAUAGUUAUUUUAACCUUAAGGAUAUUCACUUGAAUUGAAAGAUUGA